GUCAUAUGUUCCCGUUUUGUGCUUAUGCGCUCUAACUUUGUUUCAGUUUUAGCUCUCUUCAUUGCAGGACCCCCUGCUAUAAUUUGUGGUUCAUUUAUCUUGUGAGAAAAACAUCCAAUUCUGACAACUUCUCACCAUUUUCCUUCCCACCCACACGACAUUCCAUUUCGAGAAAGCCUCAGAACAUAUUUUCUAAGUAGAAUGACAUACCCUCUAGGAGAGAUGAUGCGCCAUCUCAUUCCCUGAAUGAAAGUGACCUUCCCUGUCCCCAAGUUUCAUGCAUUGAUUUUGAGUACGCUACUUUACUACCUAUUGUUCUAACAUACACGCUCACUCCCAACGUUUACUUUGGCUGACUAGUAAAAUGAUAACCCUGCUUUGGAAUUUCAGAAUGUACUUGUUGAAGCAAUAUACAACUCUUUCAAUUUGUGUUGCCAGGCUCAAAGGAGCGAAUUACAGAUCAAGUCAGCUCAAAAUUUGUUUUUCCUCUUGAAGUUCAAUUUGCUUGCGUUCCCUCAAUAUGGCUUUCUCAGGGACACGAUCCACAUGUUGGCAGUUUGAGUCGAAAUGUCGAAAGCACCAGACAUUCCCAAGGACUUGUCCGGUAUCACAUAUGAUUGGGUUUUGAAACUUGCCUUGCAUCUCAAUGAUCUGGAUCAGAGUGAGGAACGCCACAAGGUGGUCCAAAUUGAGAUCGACAGACAUGAGGCCUACAUGGAAGGAGCUCUAAGUGAUAUCAUGAAGGUGUUCGUGCACUUGGAGAUUCGGAAGAACUCUGGUUCCAUUGAACGAACUGUCAUGUACAAUUGGUUUGUCAAAGUGGUUCCGAGGUUGAUGAGUGCCAUGGUUCAAAAACAUGGUUUAUUCCAAAGAGAAAUCAUCUUUUAUCGGGAUGUUGUUCCACUUUUAAGCAAUUUUGCCAAGAAUCAGUGUCCUGGCUUCAAGCUCAAAUAUUUCCGCAUUCCUAAGUUUUAUUAUGGAGCAACAUCGGAAAAUGGGAAUGGCGUCUUGAUAUUAGAAGACUGCGCCAUGAAGGGCUUCAGGAUCCAUGAUGUAUCCAAUCAGUUGUUUGACCUAGAACACCUCAAGGAAUCUUUGAUGUCUUUGGCUGAGUUCCAUGCCCUUUCCAUUUGCUACGAUCUCACCAAUCAAAGGCAAUUGUCCCAACGUUUUCCCAUAUUCGCCCCAGACAAGAUCAUGUGGUUACAGGAUGACAUGAUGGCCUUUCUUUCCGACAUGACGCAAGUGGCCCACGAAUUCCUUCAAAGCAUUCCUGAACAACAAGAAGUGGCCAGCCGCUUUGAAUCCAUCAUGAGCAAUCCUGGAAAAUUCCUGGCCAACGAAUUAUCCCGAGCCCAAGCGAGCAAAUUCCGAUGCCUUCAGCAUGGCGAUUCCUGGCCCAAUAAUUUCAUUUUUCAUCGGUCCAAGCAAAUUCUUCGAUGUCUCGCAGUGGACUGGCAAAUAUCGUUUUUCGGACAUGCUCCCAGUGACGUUUGCUACCUUGUAUAUUCAUCAACUACGAAAGCAUUUCGCGACUCUCAUUUGGAUAGGUUACUGAAGAAUUACUUCGAGUUACUCGACCGAACGAUUCGCUCUUUGGGGAUUCACCAGGAACUUUUUGAUGCCCGGUACGAGGAAUUUAGGGCUGAAUUUCACCAGUGUUUGGGUUGGUGCCUGUUAUUUUGUGGCGGUGUGGAAGUUUUCAAAAUGGAUCCAAUGGAAGGAGAAAUUCAAAUUGAGGAUUCAUUAGGCGUUGGGGAUGAUUAUGAAGAAGAUCAUAACAAACUGGAGAUUGAAAGCCCCCAAUGUAUUAGAGAACCAUUGACUCAUAUCGACGGCCACUUUCAAGUAGAAUCACAAGCACUUGAAAUAUCUAAUAUUUCAACACUUGAUCCUGGGGCUAUUCAUCAAGAUGUGCAAGACCAACAAAAAGCAAUUUCAGUGGAUUUAGACUUGAUCACUAAGGAAGACAUUGAAUCAGAUCAAACUUCUCAAAUCAUUCAAAGUCUUACGAUUGAUCCAAUGGAAAAUGUAAUGGACCAAGAUAAUCAGUGGGAUUCGAGGGAACCCUCCGAAAAUGUUCCCGUCGAACCCGUUUUGGCAGACAAUGUGCUCCAUCGAAGACCCUCAAUAUUAACCGAUGAACAAUUGCAAGCUUUAGAACAACCUUACGGAUACCAUCGUUCCUUAAAUCAGCGGUCAAAACGAGCCCUAAGAAGGAAAAUCUAUUUAGAUAUUUGCUUGGAAGCUAGUCAAUUGCAAGUCAUUUGAAGUGAAAGCUAUUUGCCAUUUUUUGGCAAAAUAAAGACCAAAUAUACUUUGUACAUUA